UGUGAUGGGUGCACCUACUGGGAUCUGGGACCUUAAUGAGCUGAGGACUCUGCCACACAGUGGCGAUAUCAGCUGCAUGUCUUGUCUUUAUUUAUUAAGCUAGGUUUGUAUCGUACAUUGGCUUCUUCACAACAUGUGCAUAAUCUUGGCUUUAAUUCCAAGAGGCUCAAUUAUUUAAUGUCACUUUUUCUGAGUGUGUGUAAAUACUGGGAGUCCUGCUAUUUAUCAGAAGCAUGUGGCACUGCUAGCUCCCCUUCUCUGUUGUAUUCACGUCUCUCUCAAAACUUACACUGGGGGAAGAGGGAGUUAGGGAAAGAGAAUUUCUGCCUUCCGAUCCCAGCUCUGACAUACUCUUUCCGUGGCUUUGGGCAAGUCACUUAGCCACUCUGCCUCAGUUUCCCUAUAUGUAAAAUAGGGAUAUAAUAAUAUUUACUGACCACCUCACAGGGCCGUCAUGAGGAUUAAAUAAUAUUUGAGAUGCACCGUAGAGAUGAAGAGCUCUAGCUAAGUGCUAAGUAUUAUUAUGAGACUCUUUUGUGAUCUUAUUUUUUUUCCCGUUUCCCUUAGGCAGAAGGAGCUGUGAAAGCAUCUGCCAUUUUCAGCCAGACUUUUCUCAUCUCUCUUCAGAAAAAGCAAUUCUGAAUUAACAAAGCCCUAAUCAUCUUGUAUUUGAGUAUGGAUGAGGGUUUUUUAAAAAAAAAAAUCAUCAACUGAAACUUGAUCAGAUUAAUGUUUGCUCUCCAGCUAAGACUUCAGACCUGCAGAGCCGUCCCUAGGGGACAGCGAAUCGGGGUGACCAUUUCCAGCCCCACACUUGGGGACCCCCACGGGCCAGCGCCGCCUGGGCAGUGGGUGAACCGCUGGCUGGGGGAGGGAGAGCCACACUUGGCUGUUUGGGAAGGCACCGCCUCCACCAGCCUCUCCUACCUGCUUCCGGCGCAGUCAGUCCCAGAAGUGAUGUCACUUCCAGCCCGGUCCCCACACCUCCCUAGGGCCGGCCCUGCAGACCUGUCUGCUUCUCACUGAAGUUAAACAGUGGGAGUGACCCCAGGCAGGGGGAGCAGGAACUAUUCUCAAGUCUCAGCUCUGAGCAAAGAUCUAGGCCUGGUCUCCAAACAAGAAGUCUUUUUAAGAGAAGGGAAAUCUAUCUCUAGAUCAUUUGUGCUACAGCUUCCAAGCACCAGAAACGGUUCAUUCUUUACUAACCCUGAAAAGGGAAAUAUGAUCUCUUAUUUUGUCAGGCCACCAGCUAACAGAUACAUAAUUAACACUGAUGACUUUCCCAACCCUAAUUCAGAGCCUAUUUCUGCCUGGCUGUGGAUAGACAUCAAAUCUAGGUUUUACUUCAUUUUUUUUAGAUGGAAGGAGAGAAGUCUUAGCAAAAGCUCCAAGUGUCCUUGAAUCAGUUGCAGCAGCAAUUAUGAGCAAGUGAAGAGAGGCAGGGAUCCAAGGGCCAGUCGAGAGUGGGAGCUGGCCUAAAGUGUUCUAGCUCAAGGCAGUCUGGCUGGUGCAGCCUGGCGAAAGAUCAUAGGGCAUGUGUAUCUCUGUUUCUGAACAGUUUGUAUGUGUGAUACCUUCACCCUGAAAGGAUGGGUAGACUCCUCAUCCCCAGCAUUACUGACUUACUAGACGCUAAUGUCUAUCUCUGAGCUAAAUGGGAAUCUAACCCUCAUUUAAUGAACAGCAGGAUAAAUAAUGGAAGAGAAGACCCCAAGCUAUCAGCUGCAUUAUAAAAGGCAAGGAGGGUGAACAGUUGUACUUUCAGGAGUUCUUGCCCUCUCACUUGCUAUCAAACCUAUGGUCUGGCAGGUGUUUGGGCUCUGCUUCCAAAGACUCUUGUCUAGUGCGGGUGCUAGCUCUAGCUCAGAGGAGGUAUUCCUUUGCAAAUGUGAGAUGCUGAAAAAUGCAGGAGAGGUACCCAUGGUUUUGUUGUGAUGGCUCUCAAGAUUACAACCUCCAUCAAUAGGCAGCUACAAAUUAAGAGUUUCUGGGAAGAUUACAUAAACAUAGAACAUAUUCAUCUGAAUGAGUUUCAUUCAAAGACAGACAUGUCUCUUCUCAUAUUAGUGCAAAACUGGCUCUUAAUGACAUCGGUACCCAUAGUUCCCUUAGGGGUGAUUCAGCGUUCCAGUUCUUCAUUACAAAACACUUCUUGGUGUGUGUAUGUGCCUCUGACCAUUUAGGAUGUUGAGGUGGGUGUUGAGGCAGGUACUUGAAAUCUCAGCCCUGGAAAUCAAUACUUCAUGGCAAUAUUGGAUCAGUUCUAGCAAAUAUCCACUUAAGUUUCUUUAUCUGUGUAACUUCUACAAUACUGGCAUACCUUACAGGGCUGUUGUGAGGAUUAAUUUAAGGUGUAUAAAGUGCUUUGAGUUCCUUUGACUAAAGGUGCUAGAGAGAGGCAUGGUAUCGCUGUUGUUGUUCCUAGUUUUCGACUUCACUUUGAAUCCCACAAUGAAAGUGCCACUAAGAAAACCUCAAUGGGCCAAUCUCCCAAAUUCCCUAGCAGGAGUUAGACAGCUUAGGCUAAUUUUUGGAGCUGUUGCCUUUCAAACACACAUACAUCUCUCAUGUGGUGUAGAUUGUCUAUGGCUAGGUUGAAUUUCUUCUGUAGAGAUUCCAGUCCCCUUGCUGUCUUCCAUGGUUUGUGUAAAGCUUGCACGCUAAACACAGGGGGCCACUUCAGGGAGUUACACCAUGGAGGAAUUGGGCCCUUUGGCUUUUUCUUCCCAGUCACUUUUUGAUGGCCCGACCUGAACACAGAAGUGUAUUAGAAGGGAAGGUUUGGCGGAGGAGGGAAAAUGUCACAUAAACACUAAUCAUUUCCACUUUAAUACACCCUUGGAAAUAAUAAAACCUUGGAACUUGAGCACUUAAUGUAGAUGACUGGAUAACAAAUGUGUGUUCAGCUGGAGUCAUGGGAUAAGAUAGGAAGCAAAGGGUAGAAAUAAACAGUCAGUUUUCACAGUCGAGAGAGGUAAAUAAUGGGGUCCCCCAGGAAUCUAUACUGGGAGUAGUGCUGUACAACAUAUUCAUAAAUGAUCUGGAAAAAGGUAAACAGUGAGAUGGCAGAGUUUGCAAACAACACAAAUUUACUCAAGAUAGUUUAAGUCCAAAGCUGACUAUCAAGAGUUACAAAGAGAUCUGACAAAACUGGGUGACUGGGCAAUAAAAUGGCAGAUUAAAUUCAAUGGUAAAUGCAAAGUAAUGCACAUUGGAAAACAUAAUCCCAACUAUACUUACAAAAUGAUGGGGUAUAAAUUAGCUAUUACCAUUCUCGAAAGAGAUUGUGGACUCAUCAUGAAUAGUUCUCUGAAAACAUCUGCUCAAUGUGAAAAGCUAACAGAAUGUUAGGAGCCGUGAGAAAGGGGAUAGAUAAUAAGAAAAUAUCCUAAUGCCACUAUAUCACCCAUGGUAAACCCACGCCUUAUAUACUUUGUGCAGUUGUGGUUGCCCCAUUUCAAAAAAGAUAGAGUUGAUAAAAGCACAGAGAAAGGCAACAACGUGAUUUAUGGGUAGGGAAUAGCGUCUAUAAGAGGAGAGAUUUAAAAAGCUGGGACUGGUCAUCUUGGAAAAGAGACGAACUGGGGAGAGGACCGAGGUCUAUGAAAUCAUGACUGGCGUGGCAAAAGUGAACAGGGAAGUAUUAUUUUCUCCUUCACAUAACACAUGGAAUAAAAUUGAUAGGCAUCCAGUUUAAAACACAUAAGGAAGUACUUCACACAUUGCACAGUCAAUCUGUGGAACUCAUUGCCAGGGGAUGUUGUGAUGACCAAAAGUAUAACUCGGUUCAAAAAUGAAUUGGAUAAGUUCCUGGAGGAUAGGUCCAUCAAUGGCUAUUAGCCAAGAUGUUCAGGAAGGCAACCCCAUACUCUGGGUGUCCCUAAACCUCUGACUGCCCUAAGCUGGAACUGGACAACGGAGGAUGGAUCACUUGAUAAAUUGCCCUGUUCUGUUCACUUCCUCUGAAGCAUCUGGCAUUGGCCGCUGUUAGAGGACAGGAUACUGGGCUAGGUUGACCACUGGUCUGACUCAGUAUGGCUGUUCAUAUGUGGUGUUGGUCAGUAGAAAUGGCUCUCUGCUCUUGGACUCUGACAACCCUCCUUUGUUAGUAAUCACCUUACUUCAUGACCUCCGUAGAUCUUGCCAGUGGGGCACAUUGGGGUUGAAUUCUUCCAUGAGACUCCCGGUGGCACAAUCAUAUAAUUUUGGCAGCCUGUCUGUAUGCAGUGCAAAAUGUUCAUGUUGUUAUGUGGACCUCAAAUUCUCAAUAUUUCAUUAACAGAUUCUGUUGAAACAGCUGUGAUAAAUCAAUUGCUAUUAGCACUCUGAUUUUAAAAAUUUGUUUUUAUAUUUUAGUAUUUUGAUAUCACUUUUGCUGAGUCAAAUGAACAAAGAAUUGCUGAUCUCCAAAAAGUUACAUCGUUGUAGUUGGUAGGAAACCUUCUGUAUGGUUUUUUUUCAUAUGUUUCUAUAUUCUUAUUUACCCAAAGGUUCUAGCUGUAUUAAAGGGAAAUUCAUAUGGAAGUGUGGGGAGUGGUGCUGAUGAUUGAUGACAGAGAUUUGAGUUAAUGCUGGAAUUUGCUGAUUUCUUCUAGAUGUCUGGAUACUGUGUGCGCGCUAAUAAAGUUUUUUUUCAGGAUUUUUUGACUGUUGAAAUGUAUUGCCCAUUGCAAGUGCUGUUUAAAUGGGGGCAGUACUGUAGGGUUAAAGAUUUGUAGCUAUUCUAGUUCUUGCCGUUUAGAAUCAGACGCAUUCAUCUGGGUUUUUUAGUGAUCCUUCAUCUGGACUCCCAGAAAUAUUGUUCAUGUCUCUGACAGGCUCUGAGUAGGCUCUUUCACAUUCCCACAGGUAUGCCGUCAAGGAUCUCUGAUUUGGACUAAACCAUCCGAUGAUGUGAUGGCAUCAUUGCUAUCCCAUGCUUCCUGGACUGUUUGCCGUGUCCAUAAAUACAGCCCUCAGUCUAAGCCCGUUUGCACAGAGAAAUGCCUUACUGCAAAAUGAUCGGAUGCUACUGCAUCUCCCAAUAUUUCACCUUGCAAAUCACUGCCCUUAUGUGACACACAGUCUGUCGCAUUUUGCCCUUUUGUGUGCAAUAUACUCGAGCAAGUUUACUCCUUAUUGACGACUCAUUUCAAAUAGCUUUAUUGUACAGUGUUACCCUCUUCAACUGGAACUCAUUGUCAUCUGAAGGUAGGUUAUGUUCUCUGGGAUUUACUGAGGAGGACAGGCUUCCUGCCCCCCUAGGACUAAAUGCCUGUUUAUUACUAUGCCAGCUGCCUGGCGUUGAGGAUCACGGAGUGGUCAGUGAGUGGGGGAGCCAUCAGCUCCACCCAGAAAGGCUUCAUGUCCUGUGAGGGCUGCUAUGAACACAACUUUGUCCUCCAAACCACCAUCGAAACGGCCAGAAGGGCGCGGAGGCAGUGCACGGUAGCAUGGCUCGACCUGGCUAAUGCCUUUGGGUCCAUGCCCCACCACCACAUCUUUGCCACGCUCUAGGAGUUUGGGAUGUCAGAGAACUUCCUCUGUGUGAUCCGAGAGGUGUACGAGGGAUGCAGCACAACCAUUCACUCGGUUGAAGGGGAGACCGCCGAGAUCCCGAUCCGGAGCAGAGUUAAGCAGGGAUGUCCCCUCAGCCCCAUCAUCUUUAACCUUGCCAUGGAGCCGUUGCUGCAAGUGAUCUCCAACGACACAGAUGGCUUCAACCUCCACGGCGAAAGGGUGAGCGUCCUGGCUUACGCGGAUGACCUGGUCCUGACUGCAGAUGACCCAGAGAACCUCCAACAUAUACUAGAUGCCACCAGUCGAGCUGCCGAUUGGAUGGGGCUCCGCUUCAAUGCAAAGAAGUGCGCAUCUCUCCACAUCGACGUCAGCAAAAGGGACUCGGUGCAGGCAACAUGGUUCCAGAUUCAGGGCGAGCCCAUCAUCCCCCUGGCAGAGGGGCAGGCAUAUCGGCACCUCGGCACGCCGACGGGUUUCUGUGUACGACAGACACCCGAGGACACCAUCCAGGAGAUCUUACUGGAUGCCACCAAGAUUGACGCCUCCCUGCUAGCACCAUGGCAGAAGAUAAACGCCCUGAACACCUUCCUGAUCCCCCGCAUCUCUUUCGUCCUAAGGGGAUCCGCCGUGGCGAAGGUACCCCUCGGCAAGGCAGACAAGAUUGUUCGGCAGCUGGUGAAGAAGUGGCUGUUCCUUCCCCAGAGAGCCAGCGACGAGCUGGUCUAUAUCACCCAUAGGCAUGGUGGUGCCAAUGUCCCCCGCAUGGGUGACCUAUGUGACAUCGCGGUGAUCACCCACGCCUUCUGCCUGCUGACGUGUCCCAAUGCCAUGGUAAGGAACAUGGCAGCAAACACCCUCCACGUUGGAGCGGUUCUCUGGAUGGCAAAUUUGGACGGGACAGUGGCAACAUCGCUUUGCUGUGGUCCCACGCUCGCAAUGCCACGCGUCGCCUGGGGAAGCGCAUCGGCUGCCGCUGGGAGUGGUGUGAGGAGCGCCAGGAGCUGGGAGUCCUGGUGCCACAGAUCAGGUCCGAUGACAACACCAUUGUCACCCCGAACGCCAGGGGCAUGCUGGAGAGGACCCUGAAGGCGGCCAUCCACUCGUACAUGGAAACCCUGAAGCAUAAGCCAGACCAGGGUAAAGUCUUCGAACUUACCAGCAAGUUGGACUCCAGCAACCACUUCCUCGCUGGAGGCAGCUUCACCCAUUUCGCCUACUGGCAGUUCAACUGCGUCCCGCUCAACGGAGCCGUCCGCCACGGGAACCGAGACAAGCGUUAAAGGAAGUGUGGCUACUCCGAGACCCUGCCCCAACUCCUGUGCAGCUGCAAGCCCCACUCCAGAGCCUGGCAGCUGCGCCACAAUGCCAUCCAGAAUCGCCUGGUGAAAGCCAUUGCACCGUGCCUGGGGGAGGUCGCCGUGAGCUCCACCAUCCCCGGGACGGACAGCCAGUUGCGACCUGACGUGGUAGUCACCGAAGAGGACCAGAAAAAGAUAAUCCUCAUCGACAUCACGGUUUCCUUUGAGAACAGGAUCCCGGCCUUCCGCGAAUCCCGAGCUUGUAAGCUGGAAAAAUACACCCCCCGGCCAACACCCUGAGAGCAAAGGGCUACGAGGUGCAGAUGGAUGCCCUGAUUGUCGGAGCCCUGGGCGCUUGGGACCCCUGCAACAAGCGUGUGCUGCAGACCUGCGGAAUUGGUCGAUGGUACGCACGGCUCAUGCGGCACCUCAUGGUCUCGGACACAAUCCGAUGGUCCAGGGACAUCUACAUCGAACACAUCACCGGCCACCAACUGUACCAGGAGGUGUGAGCCAGUACAACAUCGUGCAUCAACCAUGGGAAAGGGACUGAGAGACUCUCCCCCUCCCCCCCCCCGGACCAUAUGAACUGGAACCAUAAACUCACUGAACAUUAAAUCCCACCAAAUGAGGGUAGAUCCAUCCUCGUUGUAUCCACUAAUUAUACUCCACACGUGAACAUAGCCAUUGUAUGGACAACAUACCCCCAUAUCUCAAUGUCUGUACUUUGACCCGUUAAACUUUUACCCCCAAUCGGGGAGAUUGCAGAUUAUGUAUUCCUUACGCCACCUGCUCCUAAACUGAACAUCGCACCCCUUGAUAAUCUGUACCUUAUUCCCUGAUAACCAGAUACUUCUAUGCCUAAACUCUGUACCGUUUUCUUUUUACUUCAACAUUAUCUUAAUAAAAUUAUUAAAUCUUUGUCUUGUCCUGUCCCAACCCCAGACCUUCAUACUGUAUAAGGUCUGCCCUCCAUUCUGGUUUUAGGCUGAAUGUAGGGAACUUAUACCCCUUUUUUGGUAGGUCCCAGUCUCCUAAUUUUGCCGGCAGCUUUGAUUAUCCCUGUACAGCACCUAUUCCUGAGGGGGCCUCUGCAGUUUAUUUCCAAGUGGCCAAUAUAGGGUGAACUCCCAGUUCUUAUGUGAAAGGCAGCUGCUGCUCAAAGGGGCCUAGCUACCAGACAGCAGUGAUAAAACCUGUUUGCAGAGGCCACUGCCUUGUGGGUGCCACAGCAGGGACUUCUAUGCACUGCUGUUGUCCCAUGCUGUGGUGCUAGGAGUGGUAGAGUGUGGCAGCUUAGACUAGAGUGGGCCAGUGUAAGGACAAAACCAGCCCAGCAAGUGCAGUAUGCUGUACCAUGUAAUGCAUGCUAAUGGCUCUUCUAGUCUUCUAUCAAAUAGCCAGAAGCAAGAACUCCUAAAUGAGAAUCACCCCACCUAUAUCCGUGUAAUCAGGUCAGUUGGAGAUCUUGUAAAUAUGAGGAAACAUAGGUACACUAAUGAUACCCAGUUGUAGAAUGUCUGCAGACAAGGCUGGGGCAGUCUUUACAGGCAUAGCUGAAGGAAGGUCAGAGUAUACUGCUGUUUCUCCAACUCAAACACCUACCAGCCUUAUCAUUAGCACACCUAUUUAUUUAUGCUGCCUCCCUGUCACUUGCACAUACAGCUUGGGUGAAAAUGAGGCAGUUAAACAGUGGUGUAGAGCAGUGGUUCUCAACCAGGGGUAUGCAGAGGUCUUCAAGGAGGUACAUCAACUCAUCUAGAUAUUUACCUAGUUUUUCAAAAGGCUAUAUAAAAAGUAUUAGCUAAGUCAGUACAAACUAAAAUUCCAGGGGUCUGUACUAGGACCAGUCCUAUUCAACAUAUUCAUAAAUGAUCUGGGAAAGGAGUAAUCAAUGAGGUGGCAAAAUUUGCAGAGGAUACACAACU